UAACGAACGCCCCAGGGCAUGUCACAUGUCGCGUGUCACCAGCAAUAUGCUCGUACUGAAGGCGUUCAUGUCAGUAUAAAAAGUGCACCAGUUCACAUAUUGGCACAGUCAAGUAUUGUACUCCAAUAUAACAACACCAAUCUAACAAUGGUUGCCAAAUUCGUCAUCGUCCUGUCCCUCGCCGUGGCGGCUUACGCCGUGCCCCUUGUCCCCGUCAGCAAGGUGGUGUACGCCGAGCCUGAGGCGCCCGCUCACUACGAGUUCUCAUACUCCGUGCACGAUGACCACAGCGGUGACGUGAAGCAGCAGCAGGAGGCUCGUCAAGGCGACGCCGUCCACGGCUCGUACUCUCUCGUGCAGCCCGACGGUGUGCACCGCAUCGUCGAGUACACCGCCGACAAGGAGCACGGAUUCAACGCCAACGUGCGCUACGAGGGCACCCCCGUCCAAGCUGCACCCGCCAAGAUCGCCUACGCCGCCCCCGUAGCCAAGGUCGCCUACGCCGCUCCCGUUGCCAAAGUAGCCUACGCCCCAGCCGCAGUCUCUUACUCCCACGCUCCAGUCUACGCCGCCCCCGUCGCCAAGGUCGCCUACGCCGCCCCUGUCGCCAAGAUCGCCUACGCCGCCCCCGUAGCCAAGGUCGCCUACGCCGCUCCCGUUGCCAAAGUAGCCUACGCCCCAGCCGCAGUCUCUUACUCCCACGCUCCAGUCUACGCCGCCCCCGUCGCCAAGGUCGCCUACGCCGCCCCUGUCGCCAAGAUCGCCUACGCCGCCCCCGUAGCCAAGGUCGCCUACGCCGCUCCCGUUGCCAAAGUAGCCUACGCCCCAGCCGCAGUCUCUUACUCCCACGCUCCAGUCUACGCCGCCCCUGUCGCCAAGGUCGCCUACGCCGCUCCCGUUGCCAAAGUAGCCUACGCCCCAGCCGCAGUCUCUUACUCCCACGCUCCAGUCUACGCCGCCCCCGUCGCCAAGGUCGCCUACGCCGCCCCUGUCGCCAAGAUCGCCUACGCCGCUCCCGUUGCCAAGAUCGCCUACGCCGCUCCCGUUGCCAAAGUAGCCUACGCCCCAGCCGCAGUCUCUUACUCCCACGCUCCAGUCUACGCCGCCCCCGUCGCCAAGGUCGCCUACGCCGCCCCUGUCGCCAAGGUCGCCUACGCCGCCCCUGUCGCCAAGGUCGCCUACUCUGCUCCCGUAGCUCACGUUACCUACUCUUCUCCCGCCGUCUCUUACUACCACUAAAUUAUUAGAUCCUGUUGUUACAUAGAUUGUUGUAUUUAUUGAAAUGAAUAGGCACUAUUAAAUUUUUCAAUUAUA